AUGGUGAUACUUGCUAUUGUCAGAAUGAAUCAUCUGACGAAAGCAAGUCCAGUUAUAACAAAUCCAAAUUCAUCAACAACAAAUGAUGAUAAUACAUCAUCAAUAAUUAAUACUGAAAAAAUGCUUCUCUUAAACGGAAAUAUACCACCAGAACCAACAACACCAUGUGUAUUAAAUACACCAAAUACUUGUACAAAAAAUUCAACAUUUUUUUAUGAAAUUCCAUCCAGUAUGCAUACAUCAACAUUAAACGAAACAGGUAUGUCUGAUGAUUUUGAUCCAAUAUUAUUAAAUACAGAUGAAGAAAAUAUUGUCCAUGAUGUUUGUGUAAAAUAUGAAAAUGGUUCACCAAUAGAUGGUUUAAACACUCAAUCAUCAACUGUCUCAGUACUGACUCAAUCGUUAGAACAACCAUCAGCUCCUUCAUUAUCAGAUUCGUCGUCUUCUAUUGAUAUAUUACCGUCUCAUCAAAAUUCUUCAAAUCAACUUUUAACAUCAUCAUCAUCAUCUAUUCCAUCAAUAGUUGUUACUACAAGUUCAACAUUAUCAAACGUUGUUGAUGUAUCGUCAACAUCAUCAUCAUCACCAUCAUCGGAUAUUCAUGACGAUAGAAAAAUGCAAUUACCACGUAGUUUAAUUAAUGAAAAUAAACCAUUUCCAUUAAAUUUACAAUUAAAAAAACCUAUUCCACUUAUAACAACAUCACCACCAUCAUCAUCAUCAAAAACAUUAAUUGAAAAUUCAAAUUUAAGUGACACAAAUAAUAAAAAUGAUCUUGAUGUUGCAAGUGUUAAUGAUCAAAUUCAUACAUUAUUAACAUCAAAUCCAGUUGUUACAGAUUAUAGUAUCAAUCAAUCGAACAGUACAACACCAGUAUCAAGUUCUCUAACAGUACCAUCAUCAACAUCAACAAAUGAAACAACAAUGAAUUAUGUUGAUCCAUCUCAUUAUGUUUCAUAUGGAACACAUCAAGCACCUCCGUCCUAUCAUGAAGCUAUAGUUAAACCACCAACAUCUAUUAAUAAUUUUAUGCCAACAUUAAAUUUAAAUGGUACCGGUCUUUCAUAUGGUAAAACAACAGGAACAAAUGAAUGGACAACAACAUCAACAAAUACAUUUAAUAUACAAACACCAAUAAUAUCAUCUUGUGUUAAAAAUGAACCACAAGAUUAUCCAACAACAACUGUUAAUGGUCAAACAAUACAAUUUGCUAAACCAAAAAAUUAUCCUAAUAGACCAUCUAAAACUCCAUUACAUGAAAGACCAUUUCCAUGUCCUAUUGAACAUUGUCCAAGAAGAUUUUCACGAUCAGAUGAAUUAACAAGACAUAUUCGAAUUCAUACAGGAGAUAAGCCAUUUCAAUGUAAAAUUUGUGCUCGAGCAUUUUCAAGAUCUGAUCAUUUAACAACACAUAUUCGAACACAUACUGGAGAAAAACCAUUUUCUUGCGAUACAUGUGGUCGUCGUUUUGCUCGAUCAGAUGAACGUAAACGUCAUGGAAAAGUUCAUCAAAAAAUUCGUAAUACAAAUCUAAUUCAUCAUCCAUUAACAAAAUCACCACAACAAUUUAAUUCAUUAACAAUUUUAUCUAAUAGUUUAAUUCCAAGUAUGAAUGAAGAUGAUCGAACUAAUGAUGAUAUGACUGAUGAUGUUGAUGAUAAUUCAUCACAACAUAGUGCUAAUGAUUUACAUGAACAACAACAACAAUUUUUAUGUCAACCACAUUCAAUGCAUCUCUCUGCUCAUUGGGGAUGA